UCUUGAUUCUUAUUUUUUUUUCAAUUAUAUUUAUUUAUUUAGGGUGAAUUAGCUGCAGAGUACAUAUUGGAACACAGUUCGCACGUAUCCAUCGAUCCAGACGGUUUCAAGAAUGCAAUCAAAAAUAUUGUAAACACGCAUCUUCAAAGUAGAACCAAUGUGAAUUUUUAAAAAAUUUUUAAAAAAUACUUAUACACAAGGCGCAUGAAAUAAUGGUCGCAAUUGAAGAAGACUCCUUGAAGGACCACUUAAAAAUAUUACAGGUGAACGUAAGUACCGUUGUGUCUGAAUUGUUUUCUGCGAUGGUUCGGCAUCGAGUUAAGCAAGAUGGAACCUUCAUCAACGUGAUUCUCAGUAUGGUAGUAAUUGAAGGCCUUGGUCGAAGUCUGGAUCCGAAUAUCGAUAUCUUCACAGAAGUUAUACCGUUUAUUUUUACAAAUACAACAUUGUGCCAUGAUUAAAUUAUGAAAUAUCGUUUGAAAUAUACAGCAAAACGCGCAUUAAUUGGAGAAAAGCAUUUAAAGGAAAUUUUAGAAAAAUUCUUUGCUAUCAAAAUAUAUAUAGCUUUUUAUCUUGUAAAUUUUUUUUUUUUUAAAAACUAUUUACCAUAUAAAACAGCAGUUGCGAAAAGUGAAGGUAUGAAAAAAAAAAUUGUUUUAUUAUUGUUAAUUUGUUGAAUAUGUGCGGCAAUCUUCAUCACUGAAUAAGGUAUCGCACGAGAAAGUCCCGUUUUAAUGACAAGUCAUUAUACGAGUCCUGAGAAGGAUUCCAAUUUUAAAACAGGCCAGUUACCCAUGAUCACUUCCUGGUUGGUCGACCAUCCUCGCUUCAACGAUAUAGCUUCCAUAUAUGUGAAAGAAUCGUGACAAGGUAUCGCGCCAUCUGCCGAACAUAUCGUGCUGGCUAUAAGUUGAAAUCCCCACCAAAGUUACUCCCUCCGUCGAAGAUGCCGGGGAUCGGACCGUUGUAUUGGACCAGCAAAAGGAACGGUGAAGCGUGGAAACGGACUACGAAGCACAUAAGAAGUGCUCUCGCAAUCAGAGUGUGCAGUGUGAAGAUGAAUAAACUUUUGCUCUUUCUAAUCUGAUUAAUUCAAUUUUGAUAGAACAAAAAUCGAAGAAAAUAAAAUAUUAUUCAUAUAACGAAAAUUAUUUCAAUUCGUGUGUAAAAUUAUAAAAUAAUUGAUGACAAAUUCUAUACUUGUUAACAUUUAAACAGCAUAUCAAAUACCGACAAUUAAUGCUCGUGAUUCGUCCUAUUUAAAUUUAUUUCAAUUCUAUUCCGUUUCAAUUGGUAUACGUAAUAUGUAUACAUAUAUACAUGUAUGUGUAUAUAUAUAUGUGUGUGUAUAUAUAUACAUGUAUAUAUAUUAUGUGUGUAUCGUUCAAAACUAGUAAUAACCGUAUAUAUAAACGUGAUUACUGAUCAUGUUUUAUUGGAUUCUUUCAACCCCUCCUUAUUCUCGUUUAUUUAUUAGUUUCAUUUAUAUUACUUCUCUUCAUUCGACGUGAACUUGACGAUUAAUUCUUGUUCCCCCACUUAUCAAAGAGAAUCUUUAAGAAUUACGAUUAAAUUUAUUUUCUUUUUUUAUUAUAGAAUUAUGGAAUUGUUCAUUGAUAUGAUAAAUUAUCAAUAUUGUCAUGAUUAACGGUUGAUUUUACCACUGCUACUCGUAUAAUAAUAUAUAUCAUAGCCUAUCAUCAUCAUCAUCAUCACGAUUACCAUUAUCAUCAUCAUUAUCAUCAUCACCAUCACUACCAUCUGUACCAUCACCACCACCACCACAACUACUAUUACCACCACCAUCACUACUACUGCUACUGCCACCAUUACAAUCAUCUUGACGACGACACAACGAUGUUUGGUAUCUCUUUUUAACUGUACUUCAGACCACGCGCACCCUUCGUAAGUAUAAGAACGUCUCGUUUUUAUCUACCGGUUGAUCGCUACCUGUGAUAUGAAUACGCGAAUUUAAAUAAAUCCAUCGAAUUUCCGGCUAUAUGCAGUUCAUCGAAAUGAAUGUCCAUGAAUGUUAAUGACAGUGAAAAUACGUCCUUUUGUUUCAAAUUUAUGUGAACGAAAAUAAUCUAAAAGAAAAGUAGUAUGCAUACUUGGAAUAAAUAACGUGGGCCAUGUGAACUUGUGAUUCUAGUGAUAAUUAAUUAACAUUUAUAUCGCGGGAAUGUCUAGUUCAAUUAUGACGAAUCAAAACAUUUACGUUUCUUUAAAUCUAUAAUCGUUAUUUAAAGCGAUAAAAUUAAUUUAUCAUAUAAAUUUUAUUCUAAUAAAUUUCUUAUUUUAUUAAUUUUAUCGAAUCGUUGAAUUUAAUUUUCGAUAAAAUAGUCGACGUGUAGGAACGGAUUAUAUCGAUCUAUAUUCGUGUUAUGCAAGAUAAUAAUAAAAAAAUAUUGAACCAGAUUGAAUCAUCCUAAUCUAUCGUAAGUUUCAAAAUUUAUCUCUUCGUUAAAAAGAGAAAGAAAAGAAACGUAUACAGAUAUGUAUAUGUAUUUUGAUAUUUCGAUUCCAAAUUAAAUUUAAUCAUAAUAAUAAUAAAGAUUAAAGUUAUUAUAGAUAAACUUAUUCAUUCGAGAGUUUUCAAACGUAAAUAUUCAUUUGACCGACAUAUAGGUCACGCUAAUGAGAUAAUAAUGUAUUCAAUUUUCUCAACUUACUUUUGUUACGCGUAUCAAAAAAGAAAACAAAAGAUUUGAAGUAAUGUUUCUUUUUGAUUCGUUGUGCGAUAUUUCAUAACCGAUGGAAUCAUUUUUCCGUGGAAUCAUUCCGAACAAUUGUUUAGACAUUAACCGUGAUGUCGUUAACAAAAAAAAAUAAACACGAAAGCCCUUACAUAAAUAACGUUUAAUGAUCAGAAUUAAAGUAUAAUUUAUUAUAUAUCGCAAAAUACUAUAAUUUUCAGUAAAAUUUAAACGUCUCAUCGUCUUAUAAUAAGUUAAUAGAAUAUCGAUAUUUCGACGAUCGAUCGACGAUUAAAUCAAAAUAAUUUUCGUUUGACGUUUGAACGAUGAUAUGCGAGAGAGAUAUCUUAUAACGAAUUUCGAGUUCGAAUGUUGGAACGAUAUAUCAAAUUAACGAAAAAUAUUUAUAUUCGAAGAACUUGAUCGCGUCGAGUUACGUAUUUCGGAUAAAGGAUCAUAAUCGUUAGACGAGACACGUAUACAAGCCGAAAAGAAUCGGCACGUAUGUAUUGUAAAUACUAUAUCGCGAUGAGGGACGUGUGUUUAGUCAUUUUCUCUUCGAUCCGUGUAACAGCUUCGAGAUUAGCGAGUCAAAGAGAGAGCAGGGUCAUCGCGACGAUACGCGUUAUCAAGCUACUGCAAAUAGAAGAAACCGGCGAUCCGUAAAUAACACUGGGACAGUCAACUUCGAAUGGACUCGGAGGAGCAGUGGUGCGUCAUUUUUUCGCCAACGGCUAGUUGGAUUUAUCGCGAUCCGCGCUCCUUCCGCGAGCAGUAAUAACACGCGCUUUACUUCUACAUACUAUAGAUCGAAGCAUAACAAGCUUUCUCUCUAUCAGGUCCCUGCUUCGCGAUCGUUCUCCAUAGACCGGUCGAACGAAUCCCCUACCUAUCUUGGAUCUAAGAGUUUUACGUCGAUUCUCGACUACUUGUUCCUCGUAUAUUACGAGACGCGGUUUGAUCGUCGGAAUAUUUGUGGAUAUUCGCGCGUGAAAUAGAGUUACAAGAGAUAUACGUACGAUAUAAUAUAUUACAUCGGUAUGCUCGCUUUUCAUAUAAUCUGUUUAUCAUUGUUCAGAUAAGAAACGUCUGCGAAAUAAUAAUAAUUAUUUGUCGAGUCGAGACAAAGUUUGGAGAAUUUUAGUAUACGCGAUGUAUACUUGUUUGUUUUUAAAGAUCGAUAUCGUAAAGAUAAAAGGAUUUCGGCCUCCCCGUUAAAUCGAAUCGUAGAAAGAGAUAUUCAUAAGCGGAGAAUUUUUGCCCUAUUUUCAUAGGAGUUUUGAGAUGUUACUCUCGAGUGCUUGGUUCGAAGUAAUCGCGGCAGUUCUUUUGACGAUAUUGAUCUUCGUUACUAGCCAUCGGCCAGCAUGGUGGUUUUGGACAGCUACGUCUCACGAAGCUAGCGCGCCAGUCGAGGGGAAGUUCGGAACGGUAUCCAACGUUCCAGGGCCGUUUUCUUUACCGAUUUUUGGAACGAGAUGGAUAUUCUCUUGCAUUGGUUACUAUAAAUUGAACAAGAUUCACGAUGCUUACAAAGAUUUGAACCAACGAUAUGGCGCGUUGUGUAAAGAGGAAGCAUUAUGGAAUUUUCCAAUGAUCUCUGUCUUCUCCCGUCAGGAUAUCGAGACUAUCAUCCGCCGUAACUCCAGGUAUCCGCUUCGCCCCCCGCAAGAGGUGAUAUCUCAUUAUCGGCGGACACGCCGGGAUCGUUACACGAAUCUCGGUUUGGUAAACGAACAAGGAAAAACGUGGCACGAUCUUCGGGUAGCUCUCACGUCGGAAUUAACGGCUGCCAGUACCGUGCUUGGCUUUUUCCCGGCCCUGAAUAUCGUCGCAGAUUCGUUCAUCGAGUUGAUCCGCCGUCAACGGGUCGGAUACAAAGUGACAGGUUUCGAAGAGCUUGCCUAUAAAAUGGGAUUGGAAAGUACCUGCACUUUGAUCCUCGGUCGACAUCUCGGUUUCUUGAAACCAGACUCGAGCAGCGGGCUUGCGACGCGACUGGCGGAAGCUGUCAGGAUACACUUCACCGCCUCGCGGGAUGCCUUUUACGGAUUGCCGCUUUGGAAAUUGUUACCAACCUGUGCGUACAAACAGCUGAUAGAGAGCGAGGACACUAUAUACAAUAUCAUUUCGGAGAUCGUCGAAACCACUAUACUGGAGAAACGGGACGAUGCCAAAGACGAGUCGGUCGAGGCCAUUUUCCAAUCCAUCCUGAGACAGAAGAAUCUCGAUAUACGGGACAAGAAAGCAGCCAUUGUCGAUUUCAUAGCGGCUGGUAUACACACGCUCGGAAACACUUUGGUAUUCCUGUUCGAUUUGAUCGGGCGUAAUCCAGCCGUACAAACCAAACUUUACGAGGAGACUUACGCGCUGGCACCGGCCGGUUGCGACUUGACCAUCGACAAUUUACGCAGGGCCAAGUAUUUGCGCGCGUGCAUCACCGAAUCCCUACGAUUGAUUCCAACGACAACCUGCAUCGCACGCAUCUUGGACGAGCCUAUCGAACUUAGCGGUUAUCGCUUGACCGCGGGAACCGUAGUCCUUUUACACACUUGGAUAGCAGGUUUGAACGAGGAGAAUUUCAAAGACGCCAAAAAAUAUUUGCCCGAGAGGUGGACGACACCUACCAGUCCCCACUCGCCGUUAUUAGUCGCACCUUUCGGAGCUGGGAGGAGAAUAUGUCCGGGCAAACGAUUCGUCGAUCUCGCGUUGCAGCUUAUCUUGGCAAAGGUUAUACGGGAAUUCGAGAUCGUCGUGGAGGAAGAGCUCGAUUUGCAAUUUGAAUUUAUUCUCGCGCCAAAAGGCCCGGUCUCCCUUGGCUUCCGUGAUCGUUCUUGAAAUCGUUAUCGAAAUCGAAUUUAGCUUUAUCUCGUUACCUAAUGUUAUUUUAUACUCGUAAAUAAUAACAAUUCACUCGUUGUAAAUUUUGUUCAAGACGUGUUCGAUCGUGCGUUCGUAAUAUUUAAAUUUUUUUUUUUUUUACAAUGUUUUUCCAUAUAACGUGCGUUGUUGGACAAGAAUAACACGAUCUCGAAUAUUAUAGAUGCUAGAAUAUUAUAGACGCGUUGGAUCAUGCAUUUAUUAUUUAUCCGUGUUAUAUCGAAUAAUAUGUAGUAAGUAGAAGGAAGAAAAUGUGUAGAUAAUAUAUCGAAGAUCGAAUAAGAUCGAGGCGCAAUUUUUUAUAUUCGUUUUGAUGAUACUCGUUGUACGACCGACGAUACGGUUGAUUUGUUACUGGCAUAAAUUACUUUUCCAUGAAAA